ACAGGUCCCUGUUAUCCUUGAUCCCGGCGCCAUGUGAUUUAGAUUUGGCCACGCUUCUCGAGCCUCAUGCAAGAGCCUCACGUAACCCGACGACCAGGCAGCGUCGCAGUAAUUCGGUCUUGUUCGGUUGUCUCGAAGAACAAACAAUCAUGCAAUUUGCAGCAUGUCUCACUGCACUCGUUUCCAAUCCAUCGGGACUCAUUCGGACUCACCACUCACAAGUGGGUUUCAUUGCAUCUGAGCACUUCUCGCCUUUGAAGACCAUAAAACACUUUCCAUGUCUUCAUACAACGGGACCUGGCAUCAAGGCUUUACUUUUCUGUUCAACACCAGAUACACCUAAACUCUUCUCUCAUUUGCUAGGGAAACAUCAUAAACAUGUCUUCGACAGAACCUAUCGCCAUUAUCGGGAGCGCUUGCCAGUUUCCAGGCGGUUCAGACACUCCCUCAAAGCUAUGGGAGCUUCUUCGAGAACCGCGAGACCUUGUCCAGAAGGUCCCAACCGAACGUCGCUUUGAUCCUGCGGCGUUCUACCAUAGUGAUCCUGAGCACCAUGGGACCACCGACGUCCAAACCUCCUACUUCCUCGACAAAGACCCCGCGGAGUUUGACAACAGCUUCUUCAAUAUUCAGCCAGCCGAGAGUGAGGCUAUUGAUCCUCAGCAGAGGAUGCUAAUGGAGACCGUGUAUGACUCGCUUUGCGCGGCUGGCCAAGCAAUCGAGGGACUGCGUGGAUCUUCGACUGCAAUCUUUGUUGGCGUCAUGGGCGACGACUGGGGCGGUGCGUUUUAUAAAGAUUGGGAUAAUCUCCCACAGUACAGUGCUACUGGGUUGGCUAGGAGUAUUCUGUCCAACCGCGUGUCUUAUUUCUUCGAUUGGCACGGUCCUUCCAUAACCCUCGAUACAGCUUGUUCAUCAAGUUUGGUUGCCGUUCAUCUAGCUGUCCAAGCCUUGCGUAAUGGAGAGUCUAGAGUCGCAGUCGCAGCGGGAGCUAACCUCCUUCUUAGCCCAGCAACAUAUAUUGCCGAAAGCAAUUUACACAUGCUUUCUCCCAACGGGAGAUCAAGGAUGUGGGAUAAAGACGCUGAUGGGUAUGCCCGAGGAGAGGGUAUUGCCGCUGUUGUCCUGAAGCCCCUGAGCGCCGCGCUUGAGGACGGAGACCAUAUCGAGUGCAUCAUCCGCGCUACAGGAGUUAACCAGGACGGGAAAACGGCCGGGUUGACAAUGCCCAGUUCGGCGGCACAGGCUAUGCUGAUUCGGGAUACAUAUGCUCGAGCAGGCCUGGACAUUAAUAAACCAGAAGAUCGCCCACAGUUCUUCCAUGCCCACGGCACUGGGACUCCUGCCGGUGAUCCUCAAGAAGCAGAGGCAAUCUCGCGUGCUUUCUACUCUGGAGGAGCCUCGGACAAACUCUACGUCGGCUCUAUCAAGACUAUCAUUGGGCACACAGAAGGAACUGCGGGGCUAGCAUCUCUUAUAGGCACGUCAUUGGCUGUUCAACACGGUAUCAUUCCACCGAACAUGCACUUCCAGCAGCUCAACCCCCGGCUCAAGCCCUUCUACGGGAACCUAGAGGUCCCAACCUCCGCGAAGCUCUGGCCCAAACUUCAUCCGGGACAGCCCCGAAGGGCGAGUGUCAAUAGUUUUGGAUUUGGUGGUACAAAUGCUCACGCCAUCAUCGAGGCCUAUGAACCACCCUCCGUUGAACCCUCGACUGGUCCAUUGUUCACCCCCUUGACUAUCUCCGCUGCCACCGAAAAGUCUCUACGUUCUCUGCUCUCAUCAUAUUCCGAGUAUCUGAAGAGCAACCCACAAGUCUCUAUACGCGACUUCGCCUAUACUCUGCAAGCCAGACGCUCUACGCUUGCCUACCGCGUUGCCGUGACCGCUUCCACAAGCGAAGAAGCCUCAGAAAAGAUUGACGCCCUCCUGGCUAGCGAUGAGGCUCCAGAGCUAAGCACGCGCCACUUUGGAGUCUCUUCCCCUCGUAUCCUGGCUGUGUUCACGGGACAGGGUGCUCAAUGGCCGCGUAUGGGCGCUAAGUUAGUUGAGUCAUCACCGUUCGUGUCGAAGCGGCUGGGCGAGCUGGACGAGGCUCUGGCCUCCCUACCAAAGGGCGACAGGCCCGAUUGGACUCUACGGGAGGAACUACUCGCAGAGGCCACGUCUUCGAGACUUGCAGAGGCAGCCUUGUCGCAGCCUCUCUGCACAGCUGUGCAGAUUUUGCUCGUGGACUUGUUGCAGUUGGCGGGCAUUAAACUCCAGGCUGUAGUCGGCCACUCAUCUGGGGAGAUUGCAGCAGCAUAUGCUUCAGGAUUACUCUCGGCCAGCACGGCCAUCCGUGUUGCCUACUACCGUGGCCUCUACGCCAAACUCGCGAAAUCACCGAACGGAGUCAAAGGUGCCAUGAUGGCUGUUGGCACAUCGUUUGAAGACGCCUUCGAAUUCUGUCAACUAGACACCUUCAAAGGUAGAAUCCAGGUUGCUGCCCGCAAUUCUUCGUCGAGUAUCACCCUGUCCGGAGACGAAGACGCCAUAGCCGAAGCCGUGGAGAUUUUCAAGGACGAGGGUAAAUUUGCUCGCCAGCUCAAAGUCGACACUGCUUACCAUUCCGAGCACAUGCUACCUUGCUCGGCACCAUACCUUGCCUCAAUGGAAGCGAUAGGAGCACUCUCCACAAACGCUUCUGAUAGCCGGCCAAUUUGGCAUUCGAGUGUUCACGAUGGACAGGUCAUGUCCGCCAGUAGUUUAGACCCACAGUAUUGGGUUAGCAACAUGACAAAUGCAGUGCUCUUUGCUCCGGCCGUGUCUGCCGCAGUUUCUCAAAAUGGCCCCUUCGAUUUAGCCUUAGAGCUUGGACCUCAUCCUGCGCUCAAAGGGCCUUGUCUGGAUACACUGGAAGAGGUUCAUGGAGAAAGGAUCCCAUAUUCUGGACUCCUAUCUCGAGGAAAAGACGAUACUAUCCAGGUAUCGACUGCCCUCGGUUUCUUGUGGUCCUAUCUUGGAGCAGGGUCAGUUGCCUUUGAGAGUUUUGAGAAGUCUGUCUCAGGAGACAAAGUUGGCCGCAACAUGGUUCCUGAUCUCCCAAAAUAUCCAUUUGAUCAUUCGAAAUCGUUUUGGACCAUGUCUCGUGUCUCUGGCGCUCAUACUAAUGCUCGCAGUCCACCGCAUCCAAUCCUGGGCAGACGUUGUGUGGACCGGGAAACUACGCAUGAAAUCCAAUGGCGCAACAUCUUGCGCCCGAAGGAGAUACCUUGGCUCAAGGGACAUAAAAUUCAAAGGCAGAUCGUCUUUCCUGCGGCAGGCUUCGUGGCAAUGGCCGCCGAAGCCAUGAAGGCCUUGGCUGGAAAAUCUACCAUCGCCUUAAUCACCAUCGAAAACCUCUUCAUUGGUCGAGCCAUGUUUUUCGAGGAUGAAAAUGCCAGCGUUGAGUCACUUUUCAGCGUCAAGGUGAUCCACUCAGGAAAAGACGUGAUCUCGGCGAAAUUUUCUUGCUAUUCUGGGCCUUCUCACGAACCUGGGUCAUUGCUGGACCUCAACGCCGAGGGGGAAGUAACUGUGACGUUGGCAGAGCAAGAGGCUGAUAGACUUCCGUUUGUCGAGCCUGAAGAUUUCAACAUGAACGAGGUUGAAGUUGACCGUUUCUACGAUCAAUUGACCGAGCUUCAGUACGAAUACUCUCCACCGUUCCAUGGAAUGCUGUCUAUUAAGCGCAAGAACGGUUAUGCCACGGGUGUUCUGGAGAACCAGUCAGGAUCGGAGUGGGAGGACCAACUCCUCAUCCAUCCAGGUAUGCUGGACACCGCAAUUCAGUCCGCUUUGGCUGCCUUCAGCUGCCCUGGAGAUGGGCGCAUGUGGGGAAUGUAUAUCCCUGUCGGAAUCCAGUCAAUUGUCAUCAAUCCCUAUUUCACUCCAGAUGGCACAGGAAAGCAGGACACCCACCCACUGGAGGCUGUCGUCAGGGACUUUACAAACGCUCGUUGCAAUGUUGACAUCAACAUCUUCUCUGAAGACAAUGCCCACACUUUCGUCAUGCUUGAAGGUAUGGAGCUGAUGCCAUUCACCGCUGCACGCCCAGAUGACGACACAGUUCUCUUCUCAAGCUUCGAGUACAAGAUUGAUGGUCCGAAUGGUGAUGCUGCGGCUGCUAACGAUAUGCUCACCUCGGAAGACGUUGAGAAUGCCAUUAACGCAGAACGAGUCGCAUUUUAUUACCUCCGUCGCUUAGUUGAGACCAUAACUCCAGAGCAGAAGGCCAAUACUUUGCCGCAUUACCAGCAUCUACUUCGGUGGGCGACUCAUGCUGUGAAUCGUGUAAAGUGUGGAAAGAAUCCGUUCAUCUCUGCAAAGUACCAGCUGGAUACAGAGGAACAUAUACGCGUUAUACUAGAGAAGGAUCGAGACCGAGCCGACGUCCGACUUCUAGAGUCUGUCGGGAAGAAUCUCCCGGAGGUCGUACGGACAUCGUCUGGUAUUCUAGAAUAUAUGGCCGAGGAUGGAUUGUUCGAUUUCUACGAUGGGGGCCUGGGUCUCGACAUUGCAAAUCGCCACUUUGCACGCAUGGUGGCUCAAGUCGCCCAUCGAUACCCACGUAUGAAGAUACUUGAGCUUGGUGCCGGAACUGGCGGAUCUACGAGGAACAUUCUCCCACUUCUCGGCCCUUCGUUCUCUUCCUACACAUAUACCGACAUUUCCAGCGGCUUCUUCGAGGCUGCACAGGAUCGUUUCAGUGACUAUGCCAACCGCAUGAUCUUCAAGACCUUCGAUAUGGAGCAGUCUCCGGCGUCUCAAGGCUUCAUCGAAGGUUCCUACGAUCUGAUAUUAGCUUCCAACGUCAUGCAUGCAACAGGAAAGCUAGAAGAGAUGAUGUCGAACGUCCGCAGCCUCCUCAAGCCUGGCGGCUACCUGAUUACCCUGGAACUUACUAGCGACGACACACUCCGUGUUGGCCUGCCAAUGGGGAGCUUGCCUGGAUGGUGGGUCGGCGCCGAGAGCGGGCGACCAAAUGGACCAGGCUUGAGUUUGCCGCAGUGGGAUACCUUGCUGCGGAAGUCCGGCUUCGGUGGUGUCGAAACAUGCACCCCCCCGCUUCACAAGCUCUACGUGUCCACGAUCUUUGCUGCUCAGGCAGUUGACGACCGUGUCAGCCUACUCCGGUCUCCCCUGCAUGCGUUGUCUACAGGCGCCUUUCCACCAGCGGACACUGAACGGCUUGUCAUCGUAGGCGGCGAGACGCUCGCGACUCAUCGCAUCGCAGAACAACUCGCCGUCGACCUCUCUUCGAGAUACACCAGUAUUGUGCGCGUAAGCUCCUUCGAAACCCUAGACGAUGAGAAAAUUCUUCCCUCGAGCACUGUUUUGUCGCUUGCGGAGCUCGAUGAGCCCGUGUUCCAGGCUUUUACGCCCGCAAAAUUCGACGCCUUCAAGACGGUAUGGGGCCAAGCGGGCACAAUCCUCUGGGUAACUCGAGGAGCAAGGGCAGAGGAGGCGCACUCGUUCAUGACAGUUGGUAUCGGGCGAGUGAUGAAAUUUGAGUACCCCAACAUCUCAUUGCAAGUACUCGAUUUUGACAAACUUGACGACAAAACUCCGCACGUUAUUGCAGAGGAGCUCCUGCGCCUUGAUGUUCUGAAGAAUUGGGAGAAAGAGCUUCGUGGCGAUGAGCUUCUCUGGUCUCUGGAACCUGAAGUGUUCAUCGAGUCUGGUACUCGCAUGAUCCCCCGACUCUACGAAUGCGAGCAAGCAAACGCACGAUACAACUCCGCUCGCCGCACAAUAACCAGAGAAGUCAACCCACAGGAGUCUGGGAUUCUGUUCGCCAGCAAUGGAACGUCAUAUGAGCUUCAACACCCAUCACCUCUUCGUAUCGCAAACCCACCGCCUGCACUCGGUCAAACCAGGGCUCUACACGUCUCCCACUUCUUGCUCCAAACUAUCGGAGUUGGCUCUGUCGGCAAUCUGAUGCUCUGCGCAGGCACUGAUGAAGUCACUGGGGAGCAAUUACUUGCCUUGUCCCAUUCAACAGAGUCGCGAGCAAAGGUUUUGGCAGACUGGACAGUGCCACUCGAAGGUCUAGAUCCCGUCAAGGCGCUAGCUGCUGUCGCAGCGCACAUCACCGCGUCCAACAUUCUCCAGUUGGCGCCCAGCAGAAGUACACUCGUCAUUCACGAGCCGGAUCAAUUAGUUGGUUCAGUCCUGGCCCGGAAGUGCGAGCAGUACUCAAUCAAUCUCGUGAUUACUACCUCGCUCAAGAGUCAGGUCCCCAAGGGAUGGCUCCAAAUUCACGGAAACCUCCCUCGGCGUCUUGUUAAGAGAGCUUUGCCAGCUUCACCUGCAGUAUUUGUCGACUUGUCUCAGGCCCGUGGCUCGGCAGAGGUUGGUAGGCUCAUCGCGAAGUGCAUCCCGCAGCUAUGUAUUACCUAUGGCACCACCCGCUUUUAUGGUACGACUACGGAAAUCCGCCCUGGAUUCUCGACCGGCGAAGUCACUGAAACGCUCAAGGAGGCAUGGCUUGUUGCUAAGAAAAACCUAGACCAACUUGAACCUCCUGAUGUCAUGGAACUGCAAGAUCUCUCGAACUUCUCGAUACUUGAGUCGCCCCUUACAGUUGCUAACUGCUCCAAAUCCGCCGUUUCAGUCAAAAUUCAGCCAAUUGAUACUGGAGUGAUUUUUCAAGCUGACAAGACCUACUUCUUGGUCGGCUUAGCGGGAGAGGUCGGGCAAUCGCUCUGCCAAUGGAUGGUAGAACAUGGCGCAAGGUAUCUAGCCUUGACCAGCCGACGACCGAAAGUGCACCCCAAGUUCAUCCAGUCAAUGGAGGCAAUGGGAGCCACCGUGAAGGUUUUGCCUCUUGACAUAACCAAAUCAGAGUCUCUGUACAAGUGUUACGGUGAGAUCUCAAAGACGAUGCCCCCAGUAGCCGGUGUAGCCAAUGGAGCCAUGGUUCUCGAAGAUUCUUUAUUCGAUAGCAUGUCGUACGAGGUCCUCACCAAGGUCCUUGACCCUAAGGUUAUUGGCACUCAACUUUUGGACGAUCUUUUCCAUGAUGAUACUCUAGACUUUUUUAUUGCAUUCUCCUCAAUCACUGGUGUGGUCGGCAACAGCGGCCAGAGCAAUUACAUCGCCGCCAACAUGUUCAUGACAGCCCUCGCCCAGCAGCGUAAGAAGCGCGGCGUCCCCGGCUCCGCUAUCGCCAUUAGCUCUCUGAUGGGCAUUGGCUAUGUUGAGCGGUCCGAGGAACUGACUGGUGAUUACUUCAAGAAAGUUGGAUACAGGAACAUCUCGGAGCAGGACUUGCACCAGUUGUUCGCCGAGGCUAUCGUAAAUGGUCGACCAGAUUGCUCCGACAGCCAGGAGAUUGUAAGUGGAUUAGAGCCACUGUAUGCUGACACCCAGGUUAAGGCACAGUUCCGGGAUGAUAUUAGGUUCAACCACUUCAUCAUGGAACGUCCGGGCACCCAGACCUAUGGUGGGAAACUGUCGACUGUACCUGUACGAGUCCAAUUAGCUGAAGCUAAGACGAAGUCUGAGGCCUGCGCUAUCAUCAAAGAGUCCUUCCUUGUACGCCUCAAACGCAUCUUGAUGAUCUCUCAAGACGAUUCCGUGAGCGACAAGGCGUCUCUCGUUGAGCAGGGUGUUGAUUCCCUCAUGGCUGUAGAGGUCCGUUCGUGGUUCCUGAAGGAGCUUGAGGUUGACAUCCCUGUCCUAAAGAUUCUCGGUGGGAGCUCCAUUACAAAUCUCCUUACGGAAGCAAUGGAGCGCGUGCCGAUUUCAGUCGCGAACCUAGAUGCGCUUCCGGACAGCGAGAAGCCUUCUACACAAACACAAAAGCCAGCUCCCGAAUCGCCAACUAUUGAGGUCCAAGGAAGUUCCACUGAGGCUUCUUCUCACCACUCCAGCUCGCCGAAAGAAGGUAUAUCUCGUGUAGCCACCCCGGCCACUCCAGCCACCCCGCUAGAGACACCCAUGACGGAAGUGGAAGGAUUCACACUAGGGACCCCAAUCAACGGCAAGAUCGUGGCACCUCCUUCAGCAAUGGACAUCAAGGCGCGAAUCGAAAAGGAAGAAAUCAGCCCGAUGUCUUACGGCCAAGCGCGUUUCUGGUUCUUGAAUGACUACCUCGCGGACAAGAGAAGCUUUGACAUGACUGUCAUGUUCAAACUCACCGGCAAGAUGAACGUCAGCCGAAUGGAGAGGGCUGUCAGAACGGUUGUACAGCGUCACGAAGCACUGAGGACUCGAUUCUUCUGGUCCGGGGAAGGUGAUCAACGAGUCGCCAUGCAAGGCGUACUGGCUGAUUCCCCUAUCCAACUGGUUCACAAACGUGUCCCAUCAGAUGCAGCUGCAAAGGAAGAAUUGAAGAAGAUGCAUGAUCAUGUAUGGGAUCUCAACAGCUGGGAGGCAGUCAAAAUCCACCUCAUCACCGUCACGGACAACACUCACUACUUGCUUGUUGGCGGCCAUCAUAUUUCCUGGGAUGGAUACAGCUUUACCGUCCUAUUCGUCGACCUCGAAGCAGCAUACUCCGGCAAGCCAUUGCCCCGCCUUGGCCCCGAAAGUCAAUAUCCUGCCUUUGCUAAGUGGCAGCGAGAACAGUACGAGACAGGUGCGAUGCACAAGGCGAUUGAGUCCUGGCGUUCAGUCAUUGAUCCUGAUACUCCUCCCAUGCCCCUCUUCCCAUUCGCGAAAUCUCCAACUCGCCCUGUCCUUGACCAUUUCUCUCAGCACGAAGCGAAGGCAACACUUCCGCCAAAUGUUGUAUCGAAGCUCAAGCAACUCUCCCGGAAACAUCGCGCCACAAUGUUCCAUCUCUAUCUCGCUGCUCUCAAGGCCCUUACCUGGAAGCUUCUUCCUGAGAUUGGUGACCACUAUAUUGGUGUCGCAGAUGCAAAUCGCAUAGACAAGAAAUUCAUGGGCAGUCUCGGCUUCUUCCUCAACCUCCUGCCUGUGCCAUUUUCUAGAGGUGGCCCUAGGACGAAGAUUAGCGACCUCAUCAAGGACGCUCGUGACAAGGCUUACGCGACACUCGAACGCUCCAUUGUACCCUGGAACGUCAUUCUCAAAGAGCUGAAAAUUCCGCGCUCGAACACUUGUGCGCCCAUCUUCCAGCUCUUCGUCGACUACCGCCAAAUUGUUCAAGAUAGGUCGACAUGGGGUGGAUGCAAGAUGAGCGAUGAGGAUUGGUUGAACGCGCGAAACGGAUAUGACCUCACAUUGGGCAUCACUGAUAAUCCCACCGGGGAAUCGCUCCUUUCCUUACGCUUGCAGGCCAACGUGUACGACAUGGAGAGUACCCAACUGCUCCUCCGAUCGUAUGUGAACGUGUUGGAGACGUUUGCCAACGGUAUCGACUUGAACGCCAAUGAUAUACCAUGUUGGGCUCCGAGUGACAUCGAGAAGACCCUCGAAGUCGGCAAAGGGCCAUCCAUGAAACUCGAAUGGCCGACCGUCUCUCACCGGGUCGACCAGAUGAUUACGGAACAUGGCACUGAACCAGCAUUGAAAGAUGGCCUUGGCAACAGUCUCACAUACGGGCAGAUGGGAGAUCGCAUCAAUACCAUCGCUGCCACUCUCAUUGCUGCUGGAGCAACGACAGGCUCGCCAAUCGCAGUAUUCCAGGAUCCAUCUGCAGACUGGAUGUGUUCUAUGCUCGCUAUUCUCAGGGUCGGGGCGACGUACAUACCCUUGGAUCUUCGCAACUCUAUAUUCCGGCUUAUCAGCGUCGUAAAAGACGCGCAGCCAACCAUCCUGCUAACAGAUUCCAAUACCACUGCCAAGACCAAGCUGCUCGGUGCCGAUCAGGCCGUUGAGAUUGUUGUAUCGGACAUACCAACGUUGGCUACUACAGCACCGGUUCCGAACAGGGCAGAGCCUGGGUCAAUUGCUAUCAUUCUCUUCACAAGUGGAACAACCGGAAAGCCUAAAGGGAUCAGACUGACCCACGACAAUAUCCGAGCACAAUGCGAAGGUUACUCUCGAUUCUGUGACAUCCCUUCCAAGGCUGCAGUAGUACUCCAGCAGACCAUUUACAGUUUCGACGUCUCCCUUGAUCAGAUCUUUGCCGCCCUUGCUGAUGGUGGUUGCCUUAUUAUCGUCCCAGCCCACAAAAGGGGCGAUCCGCAAGCAAUUACCGAGAUAAUGGUGAAUGAGGGUGUCACUUACACUGUAUCAACGCCGUCUGAGUACGAAAUGUGGUUCAGGUACGCCCAUGAAAACCUAGCCAAGUGUACAGAGUGGCGGGCUGCCUUUGGUGGAGGUGAGCACCUCCACCGCGGGCUCAUCCAAGAGUUUGCCGAUCUUGCGCUUCCAGGGUUGAGAUUGUUCAACAACUACGGCCCUACAGAGGCUUCGCUUGCGAUCACAAAGGGGGAGGUGAAAUACAACGAUCGUGAUUUGGAGGACCAUGUCCCGGCUGGAUUCAUCGAGCCAAAUUAUACAGUCGCAAUUGUUGACGAACACCUCCGCCCGGUUCCCUUUGGGGUGUUUGGUGAGAUCGUUGCUGGAGGGCCUGGUGUCGCCGCUGGGUACUUGAACCUGGACGAUAUGACCAAAGAAAAGUUCAUUUCUGGGGAUAAGAUUUAUCCAUCGGCAUCUAAGGGUACCUGGUACCGUACCGGCGACCGGGGUCGUCUCCGCGAGAACGGGGCGUUGUACGUCGAUGGACGUAUCCUAGGGGACUCUCAAGUGAAGAUUCGGGGAUUUCGCGUUGAACUUGGCGAAAUAGAAGUAGUCUUGCUCGAGACCGCGAAGGGCGCUCUCUCACACGCUGUUGUCACAGCGAGGGGCACUGGAGAGGACCGUUUCUUAGCCGCACACGUCGUGUUCGCUCCGGAUUAUCCACAAGAUCGCCGCCAGGACAUGAUCAACCAUUUGGAAACUAGACUCCCACUGCCUCCAUACAUGCAGCCCGCCAUCGUAGUUGCCCUUGGUAACAUUCCCGUUACGAGCAAUUUCAAGUUCGAUCGCAAAGCCAUCCAGGCGCUUCCGCUGCCCCAAGCCAAUCCAGACGACAUGGCUUUUGUCACAGAGAUCGAAAAGAAGCUGGCUGAGCUCUGGCAGAGCAUGAUCCCCAACGGUAUUCGAGAACUGACGCCAGAGACCGACUUCUUCGACGUGGGUGGCAACUCGAUUCUACUAGUCAAGUUGCAGUCCGCAGUGAAGCGCACCAUGAAUGCGACACCGCGACUGGUCGAUUUUAUGGAAAGAAGUACCCUUGGCGGAAUGGCGAAGGUCAUCAAGGGCUCUUCUGGUGUAAGUGGCAUUGACUGGGAGGCAGAGACUAGCAUACCAGAGUCUCUCAUUGAGCUCAAGAAUGAGAGAAAGCCCCGACCCGUCGCAACUGUAAAUCGCACAGUCAUCUUGGCAGGGGCAACUGGCUACCUUGGACGCCAUCUCCUCCCUCGCCUUGUCGAAUCCCCACAAAUUGGACAGAUAUACUGUCUUGUCCAGGAUGAAGGCCAUGCAGCGACGUCUCUCUCACCAAGCCCCAAGGUGAGGUUCAUCCACGCCGACCUAUCUCAACCAAAUCUCGGACUCUCACCUGCAGUAUUUGGUGCCCUUUCGGACAAGGCACACGUAGUUAUCAACUGUGCCGCAAAUCGCUCCUUCUGGGACGGUUACGAGGCCAUGCGGCCGGUCAACUUCAAUGCUGUCAAGGAGCUAACGCGACUCUGUCUUUCCAACAAUGCAUCCUUCCACAUGCUUUCAUCAGGUGCGGUCGAGAUCUACGACGAUGCGGCGCCACCGACAGACGGAAGCGACGGAUAUGUCGCUAGUAAAUGGGCUGCUGAGGCGUUCUUGCGCAAGGCGGCCACGAACCUCAGUCUUCCGGUGUAUCUCCAUCGACCACUUCCCACACCGGCGAACGGAAGCGGAAAGCCAUCUACCGUCUCUUCCCAGGCGAUCCUGAAGGAGCUCCUCAAAAUAACCCGUGCACUUGGCAAGAGGCCGGAUUUCACUGUUGUCAGCGGCCAUCUAGACAUGGCUCCUGUAGCCGAUGUGGCUGACGACAUGGUUGCUUCAAUGGCGGGUGCCGUGGAACAGAGUGGCAGCGUGGAAGUCAUCGCGCACAACGCCCGGCUCCGGGUGCAUGUCAAGGACUUUGCUGAUCACGUUGAGAACGAUAGGGAUUUGAAGGCAUUGCCGGCUAUGAAUCCGUUAUUUUGGUUCAGAGAUGCGAAGUUGGCUGGGUUUGGACACUUCAUUCUCUCACAAUACCUGGUUAUGGGGACCGAGGACGGAGAGUUGGUUGCUAGACGUUGAUUGGAAGAUAAGGGCCAAUUAAGAAUGGAAACGAACAAUAGUUUGGCAAAUUGUUGUAAAUCAUACACUUGUAAAUUCUUAGGUUCUUAGGAAGGAACAGGCGCUUGGUAGCAUUUUGGUUUC